UUCAUGAAAGAUAGUGUCAAUGAUAGAACAGAUGAGUACGGGGGUAGCUUAGAGAAUCGAUGCCGCUUUGCUUUGGAGGUUGUUGAAGAAGUUGUUAAAGAGAUUGGUGCCGAAAGAGUGGCCAUUCGAUUAUCUCCCUUUGCGACUGAGGUAGAUUGUUGGGAUUCUGACCCUGAUGCACUUGGGGUCUACAUGGCUCGGUCAUUGAAUAAAUAUGGGCUCUUAUACAUCCAUAUAACUGAGCCUCGAAUGACUUUUGAGGAAGGAAAGUUGAAGAUUCCUCAACGCCUUCAUGAAAUACGAAAAACUUAUAAGGGGACCUUACUCACAGCAGGAGGCUAUGAUAGAGAGGAAGGAAAUAAGGCUAUUAAAGAAGGAUAUGCUGAUCUAAUAGCAUUUGGCCGCUUUUUUGUAGCUAAUCCAGAUUUGCCUAAAAGAUAUGAACUA